AUGGCGGGGCGGCUUAUGCUGGCGCUCCCUAUCCUCCUCUUCUUAUUGCUAGUCGGGCAAUGCCACGGCGGCAAGAUUGGCGUCUACUACGGCCGCAACGCCGACGACCUGCCGGCGCCGGACAAGGUGGCGCAGCUAAUCCAGCAACAGUCCAUCAAGUACGUGCGCAUCUACGACAGCAACAUCGACGUCAUCAAGGCCUUCGCCAACACCGGCGUCGAGCUCAUGGUCGGCGUACUGAGCCGGACCGCCAUCGCCAAAACCGCGUACGCCUCCUCCUGGGGCCAUGGGCCGCCACCACCGUCCGUCGCAGAUCUCGGUGGGGUAGGGGCGCCGCGUACUACGGAGCGGAGAUGA